GUUGAAGGCGGCGACGACACAUCAUUCUCUGUGCGAGUACUCCUGAAUUCGGCGGCGCAACAGGAUACUUUGCCGAAUACAGUUGGAGUAACUCUGAGCGGAUGGUCACGCGGGGUGGUCUAAGAUGAUAAUCUGACGAAGCAGCUGCAAUGCUCGCACUCUCCACCACCAUUUCUUCUUCUUCUUCUUCUUCUUCUUCCUGCCACUCUCGCCCACCUCAAACAUUCCCUCCCAAUCCCCAACCAAACCUUAACCCUAACUCUAACCCUAGACGUUCCUCUCCUAGAGAAGAAGCGCUUCCCAACCUCUUCGCCAGCUUCUCCACCCCAUCGGAGCUCCAACAGCUCCACGCCCACCUCAUCAAGCGCGGCCUCCCCGCCUCCGCUCUCCCCUCCGCCCGCGUCGCUGCCGUGUGCGCCCUCUCCUCCCCCUCCGCCUUCUCCUACGCGCGCCGCCUCCUCCGCCGCAGCGCCGCCGCCGGAGACCCGCCGGAGACCUUCCGAUGGAACUCCCACCUCCACGCGCUCUCGCUCUCCGCAGCACCUACCGACGCCCUCGCCCUCUUCGCGCGCCUCCGCCUCUUCGACGUCCCCCUCGACGCGUACACCCUCUCCUUUACCCUCAAAGCAUGCUCCCAUUUAACCCGUCUCUUCAUGGGUCGCGCCGUUCACGCCUUGGUCGAGAAGCUAGGGUUCCGUUCCGACGUGUUCCUCCUCAACACCGUUCUUCACUUGUACGCUUCUUGCCGUGAAAUGACCGUCGCGCGGCUCCUGUUCGACAGAAUGCCCGUGAGAGAUGUUGUCACUUGGAAUAUUAUGAUAACCCACUUCAGUAAAACAGGGGAGAUGGAGAGCGCGCGCGAGCUGUUCGAUUUAAUGCCUGAAAGAAGCGUGAGGUCGUGGACGGCCAUGAUCGCUGGGUACGUACAGCGCAAGAACCCUCGCGAGGCCAUACGCGACUUCUGUGAGAUGGAGGAGAUUGGAAUGAAACCCAAUGAGGUGACUGUGGUGGCCGUUCUCGCUGCGUGUGCCGAUUUGUGUGCACUAGAUUUGGGAAAGCGAGUUCACGAGUACUUGGAUCGAUGUGGGUUUCAGAAGAAUGUCAGGGUUUGCAAUACACUUAUAGAUAUGUACAUAAAGUGUGGUUGUGUAGAAACCGCCAGGAGAGUGUUCGAUGAGAUGACCGAGCGGACGGUGGUGACUUGGUCAGCUAUGAUUUGUGGCCAUGCGAUGCAUGGACAAGGAAGGGAAGCCUUAGAUCUCUUUUCUUCGAUGACCCAAGAAGGUUUGAAGCCGAAUGGAGUCACGUUCGUCGGAUUAUUGCAUGCAUGUAGCCAUAUGGGUUUGUUGGAGGAAGGCCGAAAAUUCUUCACAAGCAUGACUAAAGACUACGGCAUAGCGCCUAAAAUUGAGCACUUUGGUUGCAUGGUCGAUCUCCUCAGCCGUGCCGGUUUGCUUAAGGAAGCACGAGAGUUGAUCGAGAAGAUGCCAAUCAAGCCUAAUAGUGUUAUAUGGGGUGCUAUUCUCGGAGGCGCCAGACUACAUAAGAAUGUUGAGAUGGGAGAAGAGGCUCUUCGGCAUCUUGUUGUGUUGGACCCACUUAACGAUGGGUACUAUGUUGUGUUAUCCAACAUCUAUGCAGAGGCUGGGCGGUGGGGUGACGUUGCGCGGGUGCGGCGAAUGAUGAAGGAUCGGGGACUAAAGAAGACUCCAGGGUGGAGCACGGUGGAAUUGGGCGGGGUGGUUCAUGAAUUUGUUGCAGGGGAGAGUGACCACCCCCAAAUUGAGGAGAUUUAUAAGAUGUGGGAUGAGUUGGUAGAGGAGAUGACGCGGAGAGGCUAUGGGCUCAUGAACACACCCCCAGGGACGCCCGUCAGGGUUAUGAAGAAUCUUCGCGUGUGCAAUGAUUGCCAUGCGGCUCUGAAGUUGAUAUCGGAGAUUGCCGAAAGGGAGAUUGUCGUCCGGGACCGGUUGUCAAGAACCUCGGAGGCUGCAGCGAUUGCCUUGUGGCCUUUGAAGUCAAUAUCAGAGAUUGCUGAAAGGGACAUUGCCAGUGUUGGGCUCAAAUAUCCCAACGGAAAGAUUCUAUUGGGCCCUAUAAUUUUCGGCCCAUCGAGGCCCGGUAAUAAGGUCAGAUCUAACUAUGCCCAUAAAUUGGAACAAAAUGGGCCCACUGUAUCCGGCCCAAUAGAAAUGACCUGCCCAAAAUCGCCCGACCCCCACCGUCGUCUCCUCCCCCGCCUCUUACACCAAUGUUUCCAUUCGAAGCGACAUGGUUGUCUCCCUCUUACCUCCCCCGCGAGCGCUCUCCGCUCCAAAACCCUAAACCCUAAACCCCACACCACCAUGAGAGGGCGAUGGUGGUCGCAUCCCAUCAUCCCCCGUACUCUCCCCUCCACUCGCUCCUCUUCCUCUUCCUCUACCUCCUCCCUCCUCCUAGCUCGGAGACCCCUCUCUUCUCCCUCCUCCUCCUCCUCCUCCUCCUCCGCCGCCGCCGAAGAUACCCUAAACCUAGAAGGCCAUUCACCAGAACAUUUUCCUCUUUCCAAGCUCUCCUCCCUCCUCUCGGAGCGUAGCUGGCCCAUAAGCCGCUUUUUAAGGCUUCUGGCUCCUUCCCUCAACCCAUCUCACGUUUCCGAGCUCUUCCAGAAGCACCCUGUUAAGCCCCAUACCGCCCUCGCCUUCUUCGAUUGGAUUGGGCGAAAUCCCGGCUUUCGCCACACUGUAGAGUCCCAUGCCGCGCUUCUCAAACUCCUCUUCCAGUACAAAACCCGCCUCAACUUGGAGAAGAUCAUCGUUUCCAUGGUCAAAUCAUGUAAUAAUGCUGAAGACAUGAGCGCUGCGAUGGAUACCUUGAAGGCAAUUCGUCGAGCAGAUGGUGUUGGUGAUGAUUUCAGUUUCUCUGGUGGACUUUCUCUCCGGUGCUACAACUUCCUCUUGAAGUCCCUCGCUCAGUUUGGAAUGGUUGAAGAAAUGAAGUUUGUGUUCCAUCAGAUUCAAAAAGAUGGGAUUUUGCUAGACCUUUUUACAUAUAACACGAUGAUUAAGGUAUAUUGCAAGGAAGGAAACAUGAUUGAAACGAAGAACUACUUGAGGUUGUUAAUGAAAGAACAACUUGACCCAGACACCUUUACCUGCAAUUCUUUGAUAUUAGGAUUUUGUAAGAGCAAAAAUUUUGAUAGAGCUUGUUGGCUUUUCGUGAUGAUGCCGCAGAUCGGUUGUUGGAGGAAUGAAUUUUCUUACACAAUUCUUAUUCACGGUCUGUGUGAGGCACAUCGUACUGAUGAGGCUUUCCUUUUAUGGUCAAAGAUGGGGGAGGACAAGUGCCGCCCGAAUGUACAUACAUAUACAGUGAUGAUCGAUAGCUUAUGCAAGGAGGCCAAGAUUGAAACUGCUCGUGCAUUGCUCGAUGAAAUGACUGAUAGAGGUAUAGUUCCAACUGUUGUCACAUACAAUGCUUUGGUUGGUGGGUACUGUAAGAGUGGUAGAACUAAGGAUGCGUUGAGGAUCGUGAAUUUGAUGGAAUCAAGUGAAUGUAAACCUGACGCUUGGACUUAUGCUAUGUUGAUCAAUGGUCUUUGCAACGAUAAUAGGGUUGAGGAUGCUGAAGCUAUGAUGAAUGAAGCUAUUAAGAAAAAUUUGGUUCCUAAUGUUGUCACCUACACUAAUUUGAUUGAUGGCUAUUGCAAGUUGGGAAAGGUUGAUGAUGCUUUCAGGGUGAAGGAUUUUAUGCAAUUGAAUGGGUGCAAACCUGAUGUCUGGGUUUAUACUUCAUUGAUCACUGGGCUUUUAAAGAAGGACAGGCUAGAAGAUGCUAAAGAAAUUCUAAAUGAGAUUGUUGCAAAUGGUUUAGUUCCGAAUGUUGUCACUUAUACUUCUUUAAUUGAUGGUUACUGUAAGAGAGGAAGAGUUGAUGGUGCAUUGGAGAUUUUUGAUCUGAUGGAUUCUAAGGGUUGCCAACCAAAUGCUUGGACAUACAAUGACCUUAUAUAUGGGUUUUGUCAGGUUAGGAAGGUUAAUAAGGCAAUGGUUUUAUUGACUAGAAUGCUCCGAAGUGGAUUUUCUCCAAACGUCAUUACAUUUACCGCCUUGAUUCAAGGGCAAUGCAAGGAAGGUUAUAUCGAUGGUGCUUUUAGGUUACUUGAGAUGAUGGAAGCAAAUGAAUUGGUGCCUGAUCAUCACACUUACUCGGUUUUAAUAGAUGCUCUUUGCAAGGCUGGAAGAAAUGAAGAAGCUUGGUCUCUAUUUAACAACCUUCCUACGAAAGGUAUAAGGGCAAACAGAGUGAUGUAUACUAAUUUAAUAGAUGGGUUUUGUAAAGCAGGAAAUGUUAAUUUUGCUCGCAACCUUCUAGAGAAAAUGAUAUCUGACGACUGUCUGCCAGAUUCCUACACAUAUAGUGCGUUGAUACAUGGCUUUUGCAAAGAAAAGCUACUGCAAGAAGCCUUAUUACUGCUGGAUGACAUGACCAAGAAGGGAAUAGAGCCAACACCUGUCACGUAUACAACUCUUAUUGAUAAAAUGCUCAAAGAAGGAAAUGAAGAUGAUGCUAAAAGGAUACUGGACAAAAUGGUUUUGUCAGGGUAUAAGCCAAAUACGUUUACUUAUACCGUAUUCAUCCAUGCCUACUGCAGUGAUGGAAGGAUAGAAGAGGCAGAGAAAGUAAUGGCAGAAAUGGAAAAAGAAGGGGUUCUUCUGGAUUUAGUGACCUAUAGCAUAUUCAUUGAUGGAUGUGGAAAUAUGGGGCAAUUGGAUCGCGCAUUUUCUGCUCUCAAGCACAUGAUGGAUUCUUCAUGUGAGCCUAAUUAUUGGACUUACUCUAUUUUACUCAAACACCUCCUCAAGAAGAAUAAUGCUGAUAGUGUCUUUGUAGACACCUCUGGAAUGUGGAAUGUGUUGGAGUUAGAAACUGUCUUGAAACUUCUAGAAGAGAUGGUGAAGCAUGGUUGCACUCCUAAUGUUGUAACUUACUACUCCCUUAUUUCAGGAUUCUGCAAAGGUGGUCGGUUGAAAGAAACACGUAUGCUUUUAUCUCACAUGAAAGAGAGAGGUUUAUCUCCAAAUGAAGAAAUCUAUACAUUGGUUAUAACCUGCUGCUGUAAUAUGAAACUGUACACAGAGGCAAUAUCAUUAAUCAGUGACAUGACAGAAUUCGGCUAUCAACCUCGUUUGGAAUCCUACAAGCAUCUCGUUUUAGGGCUUUGUGAUGAAGGAGACUCUAAGAAGGCUAAAUCUGUGUUCUGUGACUUACUUGAAAGAGAAUAUAAUUAUGAUGAAGUUGCAUGGAAAAUUCUUAUUGAUGGUUUGCUUAGGAAGGGGCAUGUUGAUGUAUGCUCUGAGCUUUUAUUUGUCAUGGAAGAUAGGGGCUGUUGUCCUAGUCCUCAAACAUAUGCUAUGGUGGCCAAAGAGAGUCCUGAGGCAUUGAAUGGUUUAGUUGGUGAACUUGAGGGGUAAGCUGGGUAAUUUAUGUUUCCAUCCACAACAAUUUUUGCGGAAGUUUUCUGAGCCGCUUCUUGCCUCAAUAAGAAGUGGAAAUACAACCACAAAAUUUCCCAUGACAAUUGAAGAUUUUUCUGUCGCGGCGGUGGGAAAACCAGCCCUCGUCAAAAGUGAAGCAUGUCUGCUUCUUGGAUUAUGGUGGUGGUGGUGGAUAUCACGAAGUUGUAAACAGCCUGCUGAUUGUGUCAUAGCUCAACUGCAG